AUGGUUGCCAUCAAGUCUACCGUUCUGGUUAUGGCCCUCAUGGCCGGCAACGUCCUCGCCUCCAGGCCCGUGUUCUCUCGCCAUGAGGACGUGACGGUCGUCUCGCUUGACGACAAGCCCUCCUCCUCCGACAGCACCGCCGCGUUCUCCGGCUACGACUCGUCUCGGGACAAGUCUGAGGGCCACAAAUCCGAGGGUGGUUACUCCGACGACAACGGCAAGAAGCACGGAGGAGGCUCCAAGAAGAACGGCGGUCGCAAGUCUGGCGGGAAGAAGCACCACGGCAAAUCCGCGGACGGUGACUGCUCCGAGGGCACCACCACCACCGUCGCGGCUGCCGGCGAAUCCACCAGUGUCGAGUUUACCAUCGAGUCCAUCGUCCACGAUUCCACAACCGCUGCUGGCGCUGAGUCUACACCCGCCCCGGUCGGCGAGUCCACUACCGUUGAGGCCGGCCGCGAAUCCACAACCGCGGCCGCCGAACCGACAGAAGACUGCCUGGAUGAUGACAGCACCACCACUGCCGCCGGCGCGAUCGAGACCACCGCCGUCGAAUCGCCUGCAUCUAUGCCCACGGACACGGCCCUGCCCAUCGUCUUUGGCGAACCCACUCCUACACCCGCAGCGUCCACAGAGGUCAUCUCCGCGGCAACUUCCCAAUGGGUGUCGGUUGCCGGCGUCUCUGUCUUUGCUGUCAUGGCUGGUUCCAUGUUGCUCUUGUAA